CAAAAUAAAAGCCGGGGGGCCUGGAACGGGCAAAACUAGCUGGUAAAUCAUCGCUGCAAGGAAGAGACCGAGAAACUACAUACACGAACCAGCGCCAUAGAGAUCCGAUCAACUAAGUUUGACUGGAAAUGGCCAGCAGUAAGAACUGCUUGGGCAGACCAAGUUAUCGCUUUUUCUCAAAUCCCACAGACAUCGCAAACAUGCACACGCCUUCCGAUUCUGCCUUUGAGUUCCACGAGCUUGACCUGCACAGCUCCGUCGUCGUGGAGCCUGAUGAGAGCCGAGUUCAAGGCUGUGGCAUGCCCAACAAGCCAUGUUCCUCCAAGCUAGAAGUGGGGCGAUCAUCAGAUCCGUCGUCCCAGCCAAUCGACAUUCCAGAUUGGUCCAAGAUCCUGGGAAACCAGUACAGGCAAAAUCGUGGGAAGGACGAGGUUGAUGACCAAGUCCAGGACGAAGGUUCGAUGGUGCCUCCGCAUGAGUUUCUAGCCAACACCAGGAUGGCUUCCAUGUCGGUGCAGGAAGGAAUCGGGAGGACUCUCAAAGGCCGAGAUCUGAGCAGGGUCCGAAAUUCCGUUUGGGCCAAAACUGGGUUUCAAGACUAGCCACCGAAUUAUAUAUCCAUCUUUCUUCAUUCCUUAGGCGGGUUUUUGGUUUUCGCUUUAAUUUGUCGUGGAGUCUUGCUUUUGUUUUUCUGGUGGUCAUGGAUAUACCUUUGCAUGCACUGGAAAUUAAAGUAAAUCCCAAUUAUAGAUCAGAAUUACGCGUGCACUUUGAGACCGCCUUA